UCAGCCACCAGGGCGGGUGCCUUGCAUGGCACAUCUGUGGUUUUGCAGAGAAACACUCUAGAGAACAUGGAGCUAAUGCAACCAAGGACCUACCAAUAAUGAAGGUGACCCCACCAGAUUCUUCCUGUCUGUGAAAUGAACUGAGGUCUGACUAACAUCUGGAAGGCGAGGGAACUAACUUUGCACCACAAGAAAGCAAGAGAGAACUAUCUGUAUGUCACAGAGGAUCCCACGCUGGGUAGGCGGAAGUUGUUGGCAAACCAGCGAGACUUUGCUUUUUUCGAGAAAGCUCAAAUGUCAACUGAAAAACAUCUCUCCAGUGCUCAUAAUCUGGAGCAGGAAAAAGGACACACACUACGGGCCCGUGUGGAUGCAAACCUUACAGCUGGAGCUGGGAUGUCUCUCAAAUUUCCUCGUCACUGGGAUUUCCAUCUGAAGAAGGAUGUGUCCAAAAUAGUUCGCUCGCAGAGCAUGAUGGCUGUCGAUGCAAAAGGCUCCAGCCCUUGGCUUCAGCCCCCCAAUCCUCUGGAGCGCCCCUUGAAAGCCGGCUGGCUGAAGAAGCAGCGAUCCAUUGUCAAGAACUGGCAGCAGAGAUACUUCGUGCUGAAGGGGCAACAGCUGUAUUAUUACAAGGAAGAGGAAGAUCUGAAGCCCCAGGGUUCAUUACAACUUCAGGGCUGCACCAUCAGAGAAGUGGCUUCUGGGUCCGAUGAAGCUGGAAAAUUUAUCUUUGAAAUCAUCCCAGGGCUCUCAGCAGACCAAACUCGAACUGGACCAGACUCCUUUGUACUGAUGGCGAAUUCUCAGGCUGACAUGGAAGAAUGGGUCAAGCUGCUCCGAAGAGUGGUUGGUUCCCCAUUAGGAGUGGUCUUUGGACAACAGCUGGGGGAUACCAUGAUGUAUGAACAGAGAUUUGGACAGCAUCAGGUUCCUAUCUUGGUGGAGAAGUGUGCAGAAUUCAUCAGGAAGAAUGGACUGAUGGAAGAGGGCGUUUUCCGACUCCCUGGCCAAGACAAUUUGGUGAAGAAAUUGCGGGAUGCAUUUGAUGCUGGCGAGAGACCCUCAUUUGACCAAGAUACAGAUGUGCACACUGUGGCUUCUUUGCUUAAACUUUACCUACGAGAACUGCCUGAGCCGGUCAUCCCUUGGAGCCAGUACGAGGGUUUUCUCUUGUGUGGUCAGCUUCUAACGUCUGAGGAAGGCAAGGGUCACCCACAGCUAGUGAAGCAGCUGGCACAUUUACCCCAGGACAACUAUAACCUUCUGAGUUACAUCUGCCGAUUCCUGCAUGAAGUCCAGCAGAGUUCUGACACCAACAAGAUGAGUGUGGAGAAUCUGGCAACUGUGUUUGGUGUGAACCUCAUCCGACCCCAGAUGGAAGAUCCAGUGACUAUUAUGAGAGGGACUCCCCAGAUCCAGAAAGUGAUGACGACCAUGAUCAGUGACCACAAGAAGCUCUUUCCAGCAGCCAGGGAUGCCAGACCUCCCUCGCCUCCCUCAGAAAGCAGCUCCAAGAAAGCUCCAGUGCUACGCAGCUCCGUUGGCUGGGAUGCUGUACAAAGGCCAUCGAUGGCCUGGAAGGAGAACAGGAGCCUGCUGCAAAUUAAAGAUGAUCUAGAAGCUUCUAGCUCUGAAUUAAGUGAUGGUUUGGCUCUAUCAGCAGAAGAUAAAGAAGAACCUCAGUCUAGGGAUGCUCUAGUGACAGGGACUGCGCGAAAAAGGACUCAGACACUUCCAAACAGGAAAUGCUUUGAGAGCUUUUCUUCCAACAGGCGAAACCAAAACAUGGACAGAACAGACAUUUUCAGUAGCAACUUUUGGUCAUCCUCAUCCUCUUCCUCCAUGGUCCAUCCCAGUCCUAAUUCUCCCUCAGGAAGUCACAAAAGAACCUUGUCUCAGGGAAUUUCUAAACUGUUCGGCUUCACACAAGCCUCAGAUUCUGGCAGUCUCCGCAGUUUGGGGCAGGGUCCUACAAGGGAGGCUGACAACAGUUCUUCAGGCCAACUAAGAGAGGAGUUUGGACCAUGUUUACAAAUGAAUGACCCUCCCAGGUCUAAAGAAAAUGGCACUACAAUUCUGGAGCUCUCAUUUGAGGAAGACAACUUAUAUCCAGAAGACCCUGAACUGCUUAGGAAGAUGAUUGCGGAGCUGAAACAGGAGCUGAUGGCACAGAAAAAUACCCAUGAGGAGCAAAUUAGAAGCCUUGAGAAGGAAAACUUUGAAGUCUGGACCAAAGUGGUGAGGCUUAAUAAACAGAUUGAAGAAGAAAAGGCUAAAUCUGCAGAGUUGGAAUCUGAGCUCCAGAACCUUAAACGUUCCAGGGAGGUCAACGAGGAGAACCAACACCACGAAGACUUGUUGAAGUCCGCCGGUCAGUUGCCCACAAGAAUUGAGCAGAGGACAGAGUGUGCAAGCCAGCUGUGAUUCCUCUCUGUCAAAGGACUGUUGCACUUACACUUGUAAAGUAAGCUGUCUUGCGCUGCCCCUGCUUAUCCUGACAGUGAGAACAAUUAAUUGAUGGAACAGCUUGCCUACUGGAGUUGUGAGACUCCAUCGCUAGAGGUCUUCAAGAAAAGAUUGGACAGCCAUUUGUCCAGGAUGGAAUAAGGUCUCCUGCCCUUGAGUAGGGGGUUGGACCAGAAGACUCCCAAAAUUCCUUCCAGCCCUAGGAUUCUAUGCUCUAUGUUCUAAUGAAGCUGACCAAGAAAAACAUAAGUCCUAUGUCAAGCUCCGGCUUGGUUCACGGAAGUAUCUUUGUAUUUAUCUUGGCAACAGUGCUGAAGUUCAUCAUUAGCUGAACACCUCUCAGAAGGAUCAAACCAAAAAAUAAGUGCUAGAAAAUAGCAGCAUGAUGUAACAGCCUCAUGUAUCUGAUGCUUCUCCAGAAUGAUUUGAGAGGCAAUAGAAAUCUACAAACAUCGAACCAGUUCAAGGGGGUUAGCAAUGGCCUUCUGUGUGAGUGUUGGUUGUGGGAAUUUGGUUCUGUUGAACACAAGAACAGAAGAUUUGACAUCGAAUGGCCAAGUUUGAUUUCACAUCUACUCCAAAGAGCAUCCUGAAUGUCUAGCACAUUGUCAGCACAUAUUCAUCAGUUCAAGGCAUUAUCUAGAAGUCAUUUCACUAGUGGUUUGCCAAUUCUCUCUUCUGAGAUUGUUUUUUUAAUUCAGUCUAAAGUCUUGCCAUGUUCUAGUGGUGUUUCAUUAAAGUAUUAACUAGGACUAAUCUGCUUAAUUUUGGGGGGGUUUAAGGAUCAGGUCUAAAACUAGAUCUAAAUCUCAAACGUGACAACUUUAAGAUGUGUGGACUUCAAUUCCCAGAAUUCCCCAGAAUGUGGCUGGCUGGGGAAUUCUGGGAGUUGAAGUCCACAUAUCUUAAAGAUGCCAAGGUUGAGAAACAUUGGUCUAGAAUAGAUGCUAUUUGGUGAUAGCAUUUAGAUUUGUCCACAAAACCACAAAAAGUUGAAUAAGAGUAGAGAGUAGCCUGGAAUAGUAUACAGUAGACUCACAGCUAAAUCUGUUAAAUUUAUUUGCCGCCUACAGUAGCCCCCAUGGUGAGAUAGGCGGCAAAUAAAUUUAACAAAUAAUAAGAGAAUGCUAGCAGCCGAUGCAAGAUCAGUGAUUUAGUGAGGAUUUCUCUACCAAUAGCAUAUAAUACCUUUCACCAGGUCAAAUCAAGCCAAACUUCUAGAUAUCCAUCAAAGAGCAGGGAUAGGUUUGCUCAGUUUCUGCAAACUGCUAAAUUUCAGUGAAGGUGAAUCUGGGACAUAAACCACUUUCUCUCUGUCCGUGUGAUCUGUGAAUGGAAGGAAAUAUUCCUUGGUGCAACCCCUGACAUCUUCCAUCAAUCUGUCCUGUCCUCUUUAAAAGGCACUUAAAAGACAUGACAAGUAACAUUCCACAUCAAGUCCUUGUCACUUUGCAUAAUUGGGCAGAGCAGUGGCUGAGUAUAAACUUUUGGGAGGAACUCUCUCCCCCCAACCCUGGGGAGGAAAAAAUCUCACACUCUGCUUUGCUGCUACUUCCCAAAAAAUAUCCUUCAGCAGAACCAUUCACAUUUAUUAUGUCCAUAUUUCUUUUUAUGACGUCGAUCAGCUUGGCUGAGCAGUAAAGCGCUCUGAACCAGGGCUAGUGGGGUCAGUUUCGCAUAAAUGGACAAUUCCUCCACUUCCUUAGUUAGGGGCUUCCUUGCACAAAGCGGGAUUCGUCUCUUCGGAUGAGUCUCCACCAGCGAAAAGGCAUGAGGGUUGCUUGAAGCUGACGGAAGGAAGGGCUUGCAGGCUUGAAGGUCAAGUCAGUGGAAAAUUGAGCUGCUAAUGGUUAUAUUUUUAGAGGGGGCAUUGACCUUCCUCAAACAGGACAUCUGGAAACAUCUGCUGAAGAAUGAAAACAUGCCCUCUGACUUGAUGCCUGGACAGCCAAUGCUGGCUUAGAAAAUGGGAAUAGCUGCUGAAAGAGGGCCCCACUUGCUCCUGAAUUAUCUGUUUUUUCUACUAUAUGGGUUCCUUUUACAAUUUAUUUUUAUCUAGUUUAUAAGAACAGCUAUAAUUCCUUCCUCCCUCCCUCCCUCCCUCCCUCCCUCCCUGUCUGCCC